UUACACUCCAGACUUGUUGCACCCUCAGGUCCGGGUGAUGGCAUCCCAUUUCCCUACUCAUGUUACAUCUGUGACUGUAGUUAUCUGAGGGGCCCUCGCGGGUACAGCAUGUGCUUUGAGAAUCCACAACAUCCCCCUUCAGAAAAGCCCAUGUUGCCGUUGGAUAGGACAUUAUUAACAGGACAGCGACUUGGCUCACCACCGACAAUAUCAUAAGCUAAAGUCUUCGCAGAGGGACAAGGUACGGCAGUUCAUGUCCUUCACACAGGCUGGGGAGAAGACAGCUGUGUACUGCCUCACGCAGAAUGACUGGAAACUAGAAGUUGCCACCGACAACUACUUUCAGAAUCCAGACCUCUACUGCAAGGAAUCCAUGAAAACGUCAGUAGACCGGAAAAGGCUCGAGCAGCUCUACAAUCGCUACAAAGAUCCCCAGGAUGAGAAUAAGAUCGGUAUCGAUGGGAUCCAGCAGUUCUGUGACGACCUCUUGCUGGAUCCAGCCAGCAUCUCCGUGCUGGUCGUGGCGUGGAAAUUUCGUGCCGCCACUCAGUGCGAGUUCUCCAAGAAGGAGUUUCUGGAUGGAAUGACAGACUUGGGGUGUGACAGCCCAGAAAAACUGAAGGCCCUUUUGUCAAGAUUAGAACAGGAGCUUAAAGACAGUGGGAAGUUUAAGGACUUCUACCAGUUCACCUUUAACUUUGCCAAAAAUCCUGGGCAGAAGGGUCUAGACUUGGAGAUGGCCGUAGCUUACUGGAACCUGGUUCUGUCGGGACGGUUUAAGUUCCUUGAUCUUUGGAACAGAUUCCUCCUGGAACACCAUAAACGAUCCAUCCCAAAGGACACGUGGAAUUUAUUGUUGGACUUUGGAAACAUGAUCGCAGACGAUAUGUCAAACUAUGAUGAGGAAGGAGCGUGGCCGGUCCUUAUAGAUGAUUUUGUGGAAUUCGCUCGACCAAUUGUAACGGGAUCAAAACGUAAAACUCUCUAAAUCCACUCCCAACUCUGGAAAAGCCAGAACCUUGUUUCUUUUACAGUGACUUCAUUGUUUUUUUUAAGACUUGUACAAAAAAAGUGAAAAUUGUAGACGAGAGAGAAAACAGAAGCACUUGAAACUGUCAGGACACCACCGUUCAGGGAGCUGAGUACAAACAUUGAGAACAACUGGCCACUUUUUAUUGCCCUCAUGAGACCGGGGCGUCAUCCGGACAUCUGGCGGAUCCACCGUUGUCUCUCCGCUGGAUUCUCAGCAUCCUGGACGCCUCUGCUCGGCUCCAGGAGGAGCGCAGCCCUGUAUGAGGGGAUGGACACAGCGCUGAGGAGCUUCACUGGCUGUGUGCACUCUAAAGGGACUGGAGAGGAGGAAACUGUGUGUUACGCUUUGUUUUGUUAUAUGAAGCUCUGAGCGACUGUGCAAAGUUCCCAUGUCUUACUCUAACUCUGAGUGCUCGCGACACCAGCACCAAACAGAACUGUUGCAGUUUUUACUGUACAUACUGUAUCUAUUGGGACAGUUUACAAAGAGAGCUAUAUGAAGAAUAAUAUAAAUACUUUCAAUUUAUAAAUGCAAAAAGAGGAUUCUUUUAUGUACAGUCAAUGCUUAGAUCUCUAACGGGAUGCCUCGAUAUCGUGGAUGAUACGCUGUUGGUUUAAGUGUUCGGUGGAUCUGUCAUGGAGUUGUGAGCUUCUCGUUGAAAGCAUGUUAAACACAUUUUACGUCACCACGAACUGGUUUCACAAAUACAUUUUCACUAAAGUAAAGGCAGUGCUUUCAUUUAGCUAACUGAGUUUGGUUCGUGGUUUUCAUUUGUCAGGUUAAUGUCAGUUGGGAGUAUUAAAUCUUACAUGUGACACAGUCCACAUACAGCAGCAAACUUAUGUUUUCAAAAGAUUACUGUUGAGGAAAUGUUAAAAUUACUAUUCAGAAGCAUUUAAGUGAAAUAUAAAGUGAAGAACUGACAAACCCGUAGGAUAGCAUGGCACAUAUCCGUAUGUUAUGGCAGUGCUCAGUUCUGAAGCCAGGACGUUAAAGACGGGACGACAAAGUAAGCCUUAAGAAUGAAUAUCUGUCUGUUCAAUAUUUAUAUUUCUGUUCGAGCCCAUCUGUCCAGUGUUACUGAUGGUAGUGAAAACUAGAAUAUAUUGUUAAAACAUCAUGUAAGUAUAUUGUUCAUUUGAGAAAGAUGAAUAAAGCAUGAGCUUUUCCAUAAUCAUACAUGCAAAAAGUUAUUUUGUUGAUGAGACACAUUUUAUAUCCCACAACAGUGCAGCUGCUUAGACAGGAGUGUAUUUGUUAUGAUUGACAAUGUAAAAAAUAUUUAUAACCAUACUGAUCUGAAAGCUUUAAUAUUACAUUUUACAGAAUAAUCCUCCAUGUUGUUGAUUGUUAAUAAUAAACAAUAUUUAACAAGAUCUUUCGAGUACAUUCUCGUUAUAAUUUGGAUAGUGCUUUGGAAAACAAACCUCAUUAAUUAAACAUUAUUUAUUAAAUAUGUACCUGUUUGCGCAAUGUAACAUAUCUAAAGUACAGUAUUGGAUGAUGGUGAGCUGUCAAGGAAGUUUGAUCAUAAAGUAUUUUAAAAUGUAUUCUACGUCCUCAAUGUGUCUAUCAUAAUACACAGCAGGUUAAGUGACUAUGAAAUUAUAUGUACGUCAUUAUGUACCUGCAUGUUGUGCCAUCUUUGCAAAGAUAAAUUGUCACGAACAUCAGUGUUUAGUUUGCGAAAAGGGUUUUAUGACAUGUUUAGAUGUUACAACACUUAAAACAUUUCGUUCAAAUCAGACAACUGUGUGUUCCCUAGUUUGCUUUUUUUAUUUCUCCAUCAUUGCUGUCAAA